GAAAUCGCAUUAAAUAUUUGCUUGGUGGCGCGGCGUGCGUGAAUUGUCCUUUUCAGCAUCCCUCUGCCUCAGCCUCAGUCUUUCUCGUCCCUGCUGGACUCCUUGUUUUACCAUCAUCUACACUAUACCGGGCUGCAGCCGGUUCCAUCAUUUGCUGUCUGCUAUAUACAAGAAAUAUAUACAUUGUGAGAGGAAUAUCAGAAAGGAAUAACACUACAGACGUUCAGUUCCUGGUGAAGAGCGAAGUGCUUGGGUUUUGCUAAAGAUGGUUAAAUUAGGGGGUUACUUUAAUGACAAAGGCACCAAACCGGCCAGUGCUGAGGACGGGUUUCAAAACGUUCCGCUGAUCACACCCCUGGAUGUUAAUCACCUGCAGUAUCCUGCUCCUGACAAGGUUGUGGUUAAGACAAGAACUGAAUACCAGUCGGAUCAAAAAAGCAAGGGGAAGCUGAAGGUGCCAAAGAUUGAGGAGUUCACCAUCAGCUUUAAUGAUGGCGUUUCAGAAAGACUCAAGGUCACUAUUCUUAUUUUCUUGGCCCUUGCAUUCCUUGCCUGUAUAGUGUUCUUGGUGGUAUACAAGGCCUUCACCUAUGACCACAGCUGCCCAGAUGGAUUUGUGUACAAGCACAAGCGCUGCAUGCCUGCCUCCUUCGAAGCGUAUUACUCAGCCCAGGACUCCAGCUCACGGGGGCGUUUCUACACUGUCAUCAGCCACUACAGCAUGGCCAAGCAGACCACCUCUCGCUCCGUCUCGCCUUGGCUCCCCGCAGGAACUGUGGACCAUGAUGCCAAGCCUCCCAACACCGAGGGCCACUGAGUCAACCUGAAAGAUACUCUUUUUAAAAAAAUCCCGCUUCUUAUUUCAUAUCCACAUAACUCUAGCGGCAAAAAGAGGUGAGAUGAUCUUGUAGAUCGUCUGACACAUGUUUUCAGUUUCCUUGUUAUUGCUGUUUUGUAUUUGAGAUGAACAAAAGCAUUUGUACAAAGGCAUGAUCAAUGUGGGUGAAAUUCAUGUUCUAAAACCAUUUUUUGGAUACAAUUUAGACUGAGUCUGCAAGUGCUGACUUACUCAUGGUUUGAUGGUUUUACUGUACAUGCUUUAAAGGAAUGCACUAAUGAUAAAAAAAAGAUAUUUGGAUUCAGGAAAAAAAUUAUCAUUAUAUUGGUGCAGUUUGUGUCAAUUUGCUGUGCAUAAAUGUCCUGCUGAAAAGCUGUCUGUAAUUUAAAAGCAAGACUGGUUCAGAAUCAUUUACUAUAAUUUUUUACAGAUAUGCAAGAAGAUUAAGAUGUUAUACACUACAUAAAAUUACUACACUCUGAAAUAUACCUUGGUAUAGUAAGUCAGGUAAUGAUCAGUUGAAAAAAGAAGCACUUGAUUUCAUGUACUUUAUACAAUAAUGAAAGAAUGAAAUUCUCAUUUUCAACUGAUUUAAAGCCAACUUGUAUACAUUCCAUAAAGCUACUGUUGAAGUUUAUCUUAAAAUAUUAUCUAUUUCUGGAGGAAUUUGUGUGACUAGAGUUGCCAGAUCCGUUCACAAAAUAAGUAAUUUUUUAUGUUGCCGUUUUGAGACCUGCUGAAGUUCAUAUGGAUACUUGAAAAAUCUAAAAAAAUAAGAUUGCAAUAUGGACAUCAGUGGACAUCUUGUUCCCCAGGCUUUGCCAAAGCACUGUAUAUGUGAUGUUUAGAUACACUUUUUCGUUAGUCUCCAUUGCAGCCAAACUCUUUGUUGUUUUUUUUCCAAAAAAAAGAAAUAUAAUGAAAAGCCUUCAGAAUGUCUUUUUUUCAUCAGUUGUAAAAACAACGUACUUUUUACAUCUUUGUGGUGUAUUUUGUCAAUAGUUAGCAAAACCUAGAGUAUUUUUGAGUGUGCUUCGUUUAGUUUUUGGACAAAACUAAAAUAAAGCAAGUUGUGUCUGA